AUGGUCAAUGGUGGAAUGAUGUACACUCAGGACAACACGUCAGGUUAUGAGGAAGAUCUAGACGCACUCGACCAGAUGGGUGUCGGGGCUGAGCAGGACUCCCAAUCGCGGAGGGUGGUCGGGCCUACUCCUCAGCAGUGGGUUGACAUCAAAGACGUCUUCACUGAAUUGUAUAUUACUGAAAAUAAGAAGCUCAAAGAUGUUAGGGCCAUCUUGCGCAAGAAAUACGGUUUCAAUGCCAGCGAGAAGAUGUUCAAGCGACGAAUCACGGAAUGGAAAAUCCACAAGAACUACAAAGCAAAGGACAAAGAGCUUCUGGCGAAAAGGGUGAAAGAAUACGUUGACGCCGGACACGACAUUCAGUCGAUCUCAUUUCGUGGAAGACCAUUGAAGCUCGAUAGAGUCAAGCGCCAUUAUCGCAGCGACCAAAGGUUCACGCAACUUUGGGAACAGCUAUCACAGAGCCCAGAGUCUGUUUCCGUUGGAGAUAUCACAAUCAAGGAUGAAUCGCCAUCAACAGUCCCGACCAGAUCGACAUCCUUCCCAAACUCUAGCACUCCACCGGGGGCCUCUGACUCUAGUAUGCAAGACGGCCAUGAACCUGGUCUCAAUGUCAUGACAGUCAACGUCCUCCCGCCGACUGAGCUGUACAGUAUGCAAACUUGCCUCUUCCACACCCGUGAGGCGGUGCAGUGGCAGUUCACGGCUUUCCACCGACUCAAACUGAACGAACUGCAACAUCGAUUCCCAAACUCAAUCCCGGAAGAGGUCAAAACUGGACAGACCGAUCAAGUGUCGGCAUUUUGGCUGGGGCUCUACCAUGGCUUCGACUCUUUGCAAAUCGGCAAAUCGAGCGAAGCGUGGAGAAAGUUCGACAUGUGUUGCAGUAUGGUACAGCCUUUGAUCCAUUCGGCACCCCUUCAGCUCUUAUCGUGUUUGUUGGUACAUUUUGCCACCCCAUGGAGGGGGAUGGCAGCGCUGGAGCAGCAUCUGCUGGGAUUUAUCUCAUCCAUGGCAGCGAGUGCCCUCGGGAGAGAUCAUCCCUAUGCCAAAGCCUUGCGGAUGAUUGCCACGGACAAUCGAGAUCAGGUCGUCGAGGCAAUGAUGCAGUUGAUAGUUGAGGGCUACGGCGCCCGGCGAAAGCCCAGCAAUUCGUCGCUCUUUGCCUUGCGCGUUGACCAGAUUGACAUGCUUCGAAAACGCAAGAAUUUUCAAUCUGCACAUUAUAUGUGCCAGAAACUGAUCAAAGACAGUCAGUCCAUGCAACCGAAAAGAUACCGGACUUCACUCGCGGCUUUGGGAAGGCUGUAUACGGACCAAAACGAGGAGUUUGCGGUCGAGGGGGUCGCACACCGCAUUCUGCAGCACGAGACGGCAGAUUCAGGUUCGACAAAUAGUGGAAGCGCCGCUUGGGCUUGUGAUCAGCUGGCUACUCUUUGCCUCAGGCGCAAAGAAUACGCACUCGCUGAGCGAUACCUUCGCCGGGCGGCGUCUAUGUCCUACAGUGGACUCCCUCACCGAGGCCCUUCGACGGAUUCUUUUGCCAAGAAGCUAGAUUCCUGUUUGCGACAGCAGGGCAAGAGCGCUCGUCUCAGUCAGAUCCACGAAGAGCCCGAUGUCGAGCAGGAAGAGGCCGCCCGUUGGCCCUAA